ACUUGCAUAUCAUCUUUCUAUCAGAUAUUUAAAUCUAUAAGCUCUUUUUUUGUACAAAUAUAAAAAUGGCAUCAACCUCACUCUAUUCAAGUAGCUCAAGUUCAACUUGGACUCCCCAACAGAACAAGUCAUUUGAAAGAGCACUCGCAGUGUAUGAUAGAGAUACACCUGAUCGUUGGCAGAAAAUUGCACGGGCAGUGGGUGGGAAAUCAGCAGAAGAAGUGAAGAGGCACUAUGAAGUGCUGAUUGAAGACCUUAGGCACAUAGAGUCUGGCAAUGUUCCGUUCCCAAACUACAGACGUUGAUCUUAAAUUGAAUGCCGGUCAUGAGGUAAAGCAAUAAUUUAAUACAGUCGAUAAGGAAACAAAAACUUCAUUUUCACAUGCAAACUAUCAUUCAAUCUACCUUCUUCCACAUAUAUAUAGUAUGUAAGUGUUUGUGUAAGCCUACUGUACUGAAUCUCAUUGGCAUUGAUUUCAAAUAUUGUAAUGCAUUGUUAUGCUAAGUUAUAUUUUAUCAAUGUAAGCUAUGAUUUAAUGUGAUGAUUUCUUAGAAAUGAA